UAUAAGGGGACUAAUACAACAUAGUCUCAUGUAGUCUUUCUUACGUGGUCUCUUGUGUCUGGCUUCUUAGCAUAACAUUUUGGAAGUUCAUCUAUGAUGUGGCAUCUUCAAUACUUUAUUCUUUUUUAUGGCCAAAUAAUCUAUUGUGUGCCUAUUUUAUUUAUCCAUUCAUCAGUUGAUGAAUAUGUGAAUUGUGAACACGUUUUGGCACUUAGGAAUAACGCUACUAUGAACAUUCCUGUACGGAUCAUUUGUGUGGAUAUAUAUUUUCAUUUCCCUCGUGUACAUGCCUCGGAGUGGUGUUACUGGUGGUAUUACUCUUAUGGUUUCUGGUGGUUGCUGGCAAUUCUUGGCUUUCAUCACACCAGUCUCUGUCUUCACAAUGCUUUCUCCUGCAUGUUUCUCUCUGUCUGGAUUUCCGAGUUUAAGUUUAUAUUUUAAGGUUAGGAUGCCCUAUGCACAGUUAUACUAUGUGGAGGAGUACAGAAGAGGGAAGUGGGAUCCUAGUCUAGUGGUACCUAAGCCACCAGUGCUUGGCGCGCUGUGUGUGUGAGGCUGUGUGCUGGGGCAAGCGGGAAGUACUUAAGAGGUGGCAGUGGUGGACUUGGGGCAGGAAUGCAGGGCAGGCAGCUUAACCCAGAUGAUGGAUGGGGCGUCUGCUGCCUAAGGACUUACUUAGCCUCUGAGGCAAGGUGUUCAGGUUUCUUGGUCUCUUCAGUCUCCCUUGACCAACCCUCAUCUUGGGCUCUGGGAGCCUAGAGCCAGUGAGGGCCCUGCCAGGGACUUGGGAGGGGAGGAGCAGAGAUGAGGCCCAGAGGUGCAGGCUUCAUCAGGUACAAAUUUGCUCAUCUUAUACACACUGAUGAAUUUCAGCUACCAGAGUCCCCUUCCCCGCUCCUCAUUUUUUCUUUUGGGGGCAUAUCAUCUUAAACUUUGGCGAAAUCAUCUCAUUUUCUCUAAAAGUGGGGUAAAACUGAGAUUCGCCUUUACGAAAUCUGACUCUUAAGAGUGAAGGCCCCUGGUGUCUGCAUAUCCCAGGCUCCAAGAAUUUUUUUCCGCUCCCACUGUCUCCCACAAGUAUUGAGGUUCAGGCAGGAAGUGGGUAGUGAGCUUCAGCUGACUUUGCAAACACUGCCCAGUGCCCACCCCACCUCCUUUUUAUUUUUUUUAAUUAAAAAAAAUUGAUUCGUUCUUAUCUGCCCCAGAGUUAAAGCAAAUUAUUUUGGGGCGGGGCUUUGUGGGAGUAAACAGUCAUCUGGCAGCUAGAGAUAAGGCCUAGUAAGGCAGGAGGCAAAAAGGACUGAAGCCAAGCUUUCAAGCUGCAUUAUACUGUUUCCAAGAGUAUAUUAUGAAACAGCUCAAUCAAUCAAAAAAGUAAAUAGUACACUGCCCCUCACUCAACAUCAUUCAAAUGGAACAAUCAUCAGAGUUUACUCACUGCUGCUUGUCUCUCCCCUCUCCCCACUACUUCCUUUAUUCUGCAAUGAAGCUUUUAAAAGCAGAUCCCAGGCAUCAUACCAUUUCACCCUUCCACAUUUCAAUAUGCAUCUCUAAAAUUCAAGGACAUUUUUCUUCAGUAAAUACCAUGUUAUUACCCCACCAGAAAAACAGUUAACAGUUUUUUUGCUUAUCGUUCGGUACCCAGCCCAUAUUCACAGUUUCUCUGAUGGUCUCCAAAAUGAUUGUUUACAGUUGGUUUAAUUGAGUCACGAUUCACAUAAGUCCUGAGAUUCUUUCACCAACUGUUUGAAAGGGUAAGUAAUUUUGAGGCAGACCAUGGUUUAAAUGAGUCAUCGUUGCCUGAGAGCCCUAUCAAGUCAGGGAACCGAGGAUUAGGAGGAAGAGGGUGGUUGCAAAGCUGCGAAGUGCUCCCCAAGGCAGUGCUCCUUUCACAUCCCUCAGGCUGAACAGUGCAUUUCCGACAUCUUACUGCCUUCAAAUUACUAGUUUUUUUGUCACCAGGUCCUCUAAAAAAACUAGUUUUGUCACCAAGUCCCCUAAAAAAGCUGGCCCGAUUCUAUAAUCUGUAGGUGUUUUUUCAGUUUCCAAGUUUUCCCCCUGCUCUUUGGGGACUGGCUUAGGUAGCUGAUAGACGCUCUAAGAUCGGUGGUUCUCAAACUUGGCUGCAGGUUGGAAUCACCUGGGAAGCUUUAAAAACCACUAGUACCUGGGUCGGCCACCCAGAGGGUCUAGUGUAAUCAGGUUAGGUUGUGGCCUGGGCGUGAGUAAUGUCAAAAGUCCCCCUAGCGAUUCUAACGUGCUGCCAAGGCAGAGAACCAUGUAGGAGCCUUGCAGGGUGGGAACCACUCAGCUUUCCCAUCCCAGGCUCCAAGGGUUAAACCGUGGACGAGCUCUUGUGGGCGGGGUGGGGCGUGGCUCCGGGUCGGGGGCGGGGCCUGGGCCGAAGCGGGGAAGGCGGGAGCUUCCAGGCCGCCCUGGUCAGGCUCGCUGGGCGAGCGGAAACGCCUCCAGUUUUCAAAACAAAGAGGAGAAGCGGGAGGCGUGUGUGGCGCGCAGGGUUUAGAUAGGUCUCUUCUGCCCGGGAGCUUCAGCAUCGCUGGGGGACAAUGGAGGGGAGCCUGGGAAGCGGCCGGCGCUCGGGGUCAGACGGUCAGCCGGCGCCUCCGAAGAUCUCGCCGGCCACAGAGGAGCUGCAGAGCCGCUUGCAGGAGACCCUGGACUUGCUUUCCUCGCAGGAGCUGCGCAGCUUUCGCGACCACCUUAAGAAAGUGGAGCCGCCCGUGAGCCAGGUGAAGCUGGAGCUGGAGGGCCACACCCCGUCGGGGCUGGCCAAGCUUCUUGCCAAGCACUACUACCCGGCGGCCGUCGCCAAGCGCGUCCUUGUCCAGGUGCUGGAGCUGCUACCCCGCGCAGACCUGCUGCCGCGCUGGCAGAGCGCCCCCACCGACUGCCCUGUGAUUCCACGAAAGAUUCUAAAGAGAAGCUAUGACUGUGUGGACGGUGAAUUGUACCGUUAUGACCUAAGUGGCAGGCGGAAGGCCUUCCUCAUGUGUGUGAAGAAGAACAGGCCAGGAGCUCACCAGGAUGUCCUACUGAUGAAGGAUUGGCUUAAGGAGUGCAAGUUCGAACUGACGUUGUGCAUCGAUCCUGACAAAAUGGACUUACUUGGAAAAAUAACAUCAUUUCGUGAUGAACUAAAUGAAAUUAAAGAUGACAUUGGCUGUUGCCUUGUUACUCUUAUGUCCCAUGGAGAAGAAGGUUUUAUCAAAAUGAAAGAUGGUGAAAAAGUCAGCCUGGAAGACAUUUUUGAAAUGUUUAACAAUAAAAAUUGUCCAGCACUUCAAGAGAAACCAAAAAUCUUUAUAAUCCAGGCCUGCAGAGGAGAGAGAAGAGACAGUGGUGUUGAAACAGAUGAUGAACCCAUGGACUUGGAUGAUGGAUCAGAGAAGAAGAGGCUGCCUACAUUCAGUGAUUAUUUCAUUGUAUAUCCUACCCAAGCAGAUCAUGUCGCUUUACGGGAUCCCCGCACUGGCUCUGUGAUGAUCAAGGAGAUGACUGAAGUCUUUAAGCAGUAUGGGAAUAAGUGGCACCUCGCUGACUUCUUCACCAUAGUGAAUAACAGAGUGGUGCACCGCAACUUUAAUCUGUGUAACCAACCAGUAAAAGUAUCGCUGGUAACGGAGUCAACUUUAACAAAAUUUGUAUACUUUUGACACAAGGAUGAUUCAAAAAACAAGGACUGCUUUGCAACACAGUUUGUGAAGAGCUAUGAGCAUUUGUAGCAUUGUACUAAUGGUUACCAUUUUGCAUUAUUCUUGUCACUGAUGUUUCUUCAGUUUGUUUUGUGUGUGUGUGUGUGUAUAUAUAUAUAUAUAUAAUUUUUCUAAGAUUUAAGUCUGCCUACCUGAUACUUGUAAGUCUUUUUUUUUUUUUUUUUUUUUUCUUUUUUUUACGAUCACUGUUUUCUGAAAAAACACUUUCCUGAACUGUUAACCAAAACACGGACGUCCAGCUCCGUUUGUGUACUGGUUUUAUCCCGCGUUUCUCUUGCUGAUUACCCCGCCCUCUGCACCCCCCGUUUGGUGCUGGUGUUAAGGCUUAUUUUCUUGGUUUAGGCGAGGAUUGCUGGGUGUGGUCUCGUCCUCUGUUGUGCCUUAUCUCCCCAGACUUGUCUGUAGCCAGUCUGAUCUCUCGGAAUCCGUAAGCCAUUCUCGGGUCUUAACCUGGAUCACUCUGGGCCUUGAUGCCUUUGUGUGUUUGCUUUGCACCUGCUUCCCACCUUCCUCCUUGCUCCUUUCACCUCUGAGCUGCUGUCUUCUCCACUUGGAACCCUCUAUUCCACCCCACACAGGUAAGUCCUUGCCAUCCUUUAGAAUUUGGUUCAAGCAUCACUUACAUAAGGAGGCUUUCCAUAGCUCCCCUGCUAGGUCAGCCUCUUCUAAGUGCUCAGAGACUCUCUGCUCCUCUUCUGUAGCAUUGAAAUGACUCUCUAGUGCCUGUUUUCUCUCCCUCUCCAGUUUAGUCAUGAGCUCCAAGAGGCAGAGGCUGUGUGUCUCACUCAUGGCUAUAUCCUAGCUUCCGUCCGCGCCUUAGGACACAGAGAGGCCAUGCAGUGAAGGUUUUAGUGAGUGACUGAUCCCUGUGUUUUAAUUAUUUUACCCAUUCCACAGACCUGGCCUCUUGCAUAUCUAGCCAGCUGCCAUUCAUCCCCACAUACAUGCAUGUCUCAUGGCUGCUUUUACUCAACAAGUUGGGAGUUAACCUGAGUUUCCCCGAAAUCCUCUCAUAAAAGCCAUCCCAUUGUUCAUAAUCCUUUGACUCCCCACUGCCUGCAGGAUAUACCCCCCAAGUUCCCUAGGAGAAUAUUGCAGGUCUUUCUCCAUCAGGCUCAAUCUACACUACUCAUGUCCUGCCUGUUUGUCCUGGUAAUUCGCCCUCUCUUAAUAAUCCUGUCUCACAGAACCGGGCUUGUGGCUUAGUGGAUGGAUGAACUCUCCUGGAUGUGUCAUCGUAUCGGAGUUCAGUCUCCCCUUUCGGUCUGCAAUGCCCUUCCGUUCUGUGUGCUUCCCUUCUACUGUGUAUUCUUCAGAGAGCAACUUGGGUCCCAUCCCACAAUAAAGAAAACUGUAUGCAGACUAAUGAUUUUAGAGUAACAAGCUGUGGACUGAGCAUGAAUUUUUGUAUUCGAACUUUUGUUCUAACUCUGGACUGCUUCUGGACCUCGGUUUCCUCAUCUGUAUGAAAGGAGGUUUGGCUCAGCAGACCCUGAGAACUCACCACCCUGGACUUCAGUGAACUUGGACUGCUUCGUGAACUUGCUUCUGAACACCCUGCAGGUGGGACUGUUGCUGAACCUAAGGGUUCAAGCUGGCAGUUGCAUAAGACUGUUGGGCCUAUGUGAGGAUGCAGGUGGAUAGUGAGAAUGCUCUGAAGAUUGAGAGCCAAAUGAACUGAAGCAGUCUGGAAUCUCCAGGCCUAUCUCCUUUUCAGAGAUCAUUGUGUCCAUUUUAGGUAAUGUGAUUUCUAAAGUAUAAAUAUAUGUGAUUUAAUUUUUAAGCAUUUGUGUUCUGAUAUUUGAUAUGUAGCUUUGGUUUUGUAUAGAGCAUUAAAAUGUCUCCGGUUCAUAAAACAUGA